UCCGGGCAACGCGUGGAGGCGGAGCCUCGCGGCCGCCGCGCAAACCCUCCCCUUGCCUUCCGACGGCAUUUCCUAUGGCUGCCUCUGCUGCUCCUCACUGUUUGGGCCCGAGUGCCCGGGCCUCCAGCACCCACCGGAAGGCUGCAGGCACUAAACAGACAAGGGCCCUCAAGCCAGAAGACGCUUCCAGAAGGCGCGCGGAACUCGAAGCCGCAGUGCAGAGGAAGGUGGAGUGUGAGAGGAAGGCUGUGCGCAUUGUCGAGCAGCUUCUGGAAGAAAACAUCACAGAGGAAUUCCUAAAGGAGUGUGGGAUGUUGAUCACACCAGCUCACUACAGCGACGUCGUGGACGAGAGGGCCAUUAUCAAACUCUGCGGCUACCCUUUAUGUCAGAAGAAGCUAGGAGCCAUACCGAAACAGAAAUAUAAAAUUUCUACUAAAACCAAUAAAGUCUACGAUAUUACUGAAAGAAAGUCUUUCUGCAGCAAUUUUUGUUACAGAGCAUCUAAGUUUUUUGAAACACAAAUUCCGAAAACUCCAGUAUGGGUUCGAGAGGAAGAGAGGCCCCCCGACUUCCAGCUGCUGAAGGAAGGACAAAGUGGCCGCUCUGGAGAAGUCGUCCAGUUCUUCAGUGACGCCGUCACACCAGCAGACAUUGAUGGUCCUGGUGCCCGUGAGGCCCAGAGUGAAGCCACAGCUCCCAGCGCUUGGUGUGACCACACCACAGACGAUGAGCAAGACUUCAUCUCUUCGCUUCUCCCUGGACACGGACCAAGGGCAGCCGACACGAGGCCACAGCCGCACAGGGAGAGGAAGAAGAAAGCUGGUCAGAAAGUGACCUCCAGGCACAGAGAGCAGACGGUGGCCAACGUCACUGAGCGGCUGGGUAACUGCAGAUUGGAUGGUCAGGAGAACAUGGCUGCCCACGAGCUGCCUUCCAAGAGAGAAAAUACGCAGACUUCCUCACCUGGCCCGUCAGUGGCUUCUGACAGCAGACACAGUGUGUCAGAAGUCACUCUGGUAGGGAUAAGCAAGAAGAGUGCUGAGCAUUUCAGGGUCAAAUUUGCCAAGUCUAACCAAGGGUCUGGGCCAGCCUCUGGCCCAGGGCAGGGUCCUGAGGUUGCAAAGGCAAGCUUACUUCAAGUUCUGAAGGACACCUUGACUGAGUGGAAGACAGAAGAAACGUUGAAGUUUUUGUAUGGCCCAGAUCUUGCCUCCGUGUGCCCAAAACCACCUUCAGCCCCCGUAGCCGAUGAAGAACUCGAUGAAGAUGAUCUAAGUUGUGACCCAGCUAGUUGUGGUCCUGCUGUGAGCCAACCCCAGAACAACUUAGACGAGACACUACCCUUUAGAGGCUCAGACACGGCCACAAAGCCACUGCCAAGUUACGAGAGCUUGAAAAAAGAAACGGAAAUGCUGAAUCUGAGGGUCAGGGAGUUCUACAGAGGACGCUAUGUUUUAAAUGAGGAAACUACCAAGUCGCAGGACCCAGGAGAGAAUGGGUUUCAGCGUGAUACCAGCUUCCCACUGAUUGAUUCAAGCUCCCAGAACCAGAUUAGAAGACGGAUUGUUCUUGAAAAAUUGAGCAAAGUAUUGCCUGGACUUUUGGGUCCUCUUCAGAUUACAAUAGGUGAUAUUUACUCGGAACUGAAAAGCCUUGUUCAGACUUUCAGAUUAUCAAACCGAAACAUUAUCCACAAGCCCGUGGAAUGGACUUUGAUCGCUGUGGUGUUGCUGACAUUAUGUCCACAGAAUUCUAGAGCAUAUAAGAGCCAAAGGGAGGAACAGGAAAUGCACACACGUAUACACACACAUGUGCGCACACACACACACACAAUAAAUACAUUCAUACUAAAAGGCAGAGUAGGAGAGACUUAAUAGUAACAGUUUUAGGAAGACUAAGAUUAAUUUUGUUAACUUAAUUAAGGGUGUUGGGGAAGGAACCAUUAAAAGUUAGUCAUUUAAGCUGAGAGCCGAUAUACAUGGUGGACGAUCGUCUCAAAGAUACAAAGAAAUGGAUCAUGGCCAUUAGCAGAGAGGGCAGCUUGAGUGGAGAGCAGGACCAGCUGCUCUAGGCAGGUAGGAACCAGUGAAGGGCAGCACCGGCUGCUCUAGGCAGGGAGGAACCAGUGGAGAGCAGCACCAACUGCUCUAGGCAGGGAGGAACCAGUGACACACAGGUCUAUACACAGAAGAGAGAGAUUUUCAAAAGGACAUCUGUUUUCAGUGUGGUGGGGUGAGAGGGGGCAGGCACUCUGUGGCUGUUGAGGUGGAGUCUGGAUGACAUGUAGUUAACAAUGGUCCUCACGGUCCAGAAAAGGAGCUGACCACGAACAACAGAAGAUUAACGUAUACUAUCCUGAUGAGACCAAAGAUCAUGGAUUUGUAGUGCUAUCAGCCGGAGUUCCUCUCUCCCAACCCUCACUCCUAGACCCUACCCUAGGAGUUUACAGUCACCCUGUGGUGUGGGGGAGAAAGCAUUGAUCUUGGAUUGCAGUUCUGCUGGGUAGGAUAGCUAAGAUAAGGGGACAAAGAUUAGGAAUGUAGUAUCAACAGAUUGAAUCCAGAAAGAGACCAAGGAGCUGGAGAGAUGACUCCGUUGGGUAAAAGCAUUUCUGCGCAAGCAUUAGGACCUGAGUUUGAAUCUCUAGCACCCACAUAAAAAGCUGGAUUUAAAAUGUGUCUGUAAUACCAAUAUUGGGGGUAGAGACAGAAUUCCUGGGAACUCACAGGCCAGCAUACUCAGUGAGAGAACAAAGAAACACUGUCUCAAAGCAAGAUGGGAAGUGAGGACCAGCUCCUGGGGUUGCCCUGAGACACUUCAUGAGGCACUGAGUUCACACGCACACAUUGUCCAUGCACGCUCACACACGUGAGUGCACACACAAAGAAGCUACAGCAAAUGUUUGGGGUGGAGUUACUUCAGGGGCAAAGCUGGACUUCUCGGCCAUGUGUGUCAGUGUCCUCUCCCUGGACUGUGUGCCGCUCUUCAUCUCUUGGGCACUUCAGACUCGAAAUUGAGAUCCAGCGCAUCUUCCCUUUCCGAUGAGUCCUGUUCCUUUGGUGUCUUCCUGAUUACCCAGCACUGAAAACUGACUUUGUUAGCCCAAGCACAGUGGUCUAGGCUUAACCCUAGAACUAGAGAGGAGAGGCUGAGGCAGAAGAGUGCAAAGUCUGCCUGCCGACAGUGAGACCUUACCUAAAAAGCCUGGGAGGUGAGUGUUCUUUUCUCUUACUAUGUUAGCUAUUCUUGGCCAACAAUUUGACUACGUCUGGAAUGAACUAAAACCCAACCCAAGUGACUGGGUACACUGUAAAGGAUUUUUCUUAGUUAAAUCAUUUGAAGUAUGAAGACCCAUCCUGAUUGUUUGUUGUUGUUGUUUUUCAAGACAGGGUUUCUUUGUAUAGCCUUGGCUAUCCUGAAACUCACUCUGUAUAACAGGCUGUCCUUAAACUCAAGAGAUCUGCCUGCCUUUGCCUCCCCAGUUCUGGGAUCAAAGGCAUGUGCCACCACCUCCCAGCUGGGAAGAUACACCUUUAAUCUGGAUUUUAGGAGGUGGAAAGAUCCAGCAUUAAUCUGGGCCACACCUUCUGCUAGCAGCCUAUGUAAAGACAUGGAAGAAGGAAGUUCUUACAUUUUUGCCUGCUUGCCCUCACUCUCUCCAGCAACUCCAUCUAUUCACUGGCAUCAGAGCCUGCUUCCCUGGAUUUCCAGUAUAUGGAGACCAGAUGGGACAUCCAGCCUCAUGGACUGAAAAAUUACUGGGUUCUUGGGCCUUCUUUUGGUAGACAGCCAUUGUUGGACUAGCCGGACUAGCCUGUACGUGGCACAAAUAAUAAAAACCCAGAGACAGAUAUGGGGGUUCAACCUGAGGCUCAGAAAAGCAAAGCAGCUAGCCACUGGCUCUCACCUCUACCUCAGACUGAAAUGGUGAUCCUGCCUCCAGGAAUCUCAGAAUGAGACUGUGUCUGAGAGCUGUCUCCUCCCAUUUUAUAUUCCUCUCUAGUGUUGGGAUUAAAGGCGCUCACCACCACCACCCAGCCUCUAUGGCUAACUAGUGUGGCUACUGGGAUUAAAGGUGUGUGCAACCACUGCCUGGUCUGUAUGGCUUACCAAUGUGGCUGUUUUACUCUCUGAUCUUCAGGCAAGCUUUAUUUUUUAAAAUACAAAUGAAAUAUCACUACACCUGUAAGCCAUUCCAAUAAAUCCGAUAGAUAGAUAGAUAGAUAGAUAGAUAGAUAGAUAGAUAGAUAGAUAGAUAGAUAGAUAGAUAGAUAGAUUCUAUAAGUUCUGUUCCUCCCGAUAACCCUGACUAAUACACUUGCCCUUUACUUCCCAUAGUUGAUUACUCUGCCUUUCAGUUUUGGUUUGAGUCAGUGUGUCACUGUGCAACCCUGGUUGAUAUGGAACUUGCUGUACAGACCAAGCUGGCCUCAGACUCACAGAUAGCCACUUGCCUCUGCUGGGAUUGAAAGGUGUGCACUCCCACGCCCAGCUAUGUUUUCUCUGUGUGUUUUCUCCAUGCCCGCUGUUACUGAAGCGCACCAGUCUAGACUGCCUUCCUAAACAGAUAACCUCCAUGAACAUAACAGGGGCUGUGGGAAGGAUGGGGGAGCAGCGUGCACUGUGUAUAUGCACAAAAUUUUCUAAGAACAAAUUAAUUUUUUAAAAGUAGUGAGAUCCCAGCUCCCCACGUGAGGUUGCCUCGUGUCUAACAUUUCUCUCCUGGGGCUGUCAAUAUGUCUCUCCUUGCAAGCCUCUGGCAGGACUGUGGCUUAUGAUGGAACCUGUCAGUGAAAGCUGUGUCUGCGUCACUGCCGUCACCUGUGAAAAGACCUGCCAGAAGAUUGUCUUUGCUAGUCAGUUUCUCUCAGCAGUAGUGGAUACCUAGAAUGUGGGGACACUUAGCCCGCAGCUUCAGCGUGACUGAUUUAACCCUUUUUAUUCAGUUCAGAAAUGUAAGAUCUCAACGUAUGUGCCUACCAUUCCAGCUACUCAGGCCAAGACCAGAGAACUACACGAGCCUGGGAGUUCAAGACCAGCCCGGGCAACACCACAAGAUCCAAUUUUAUAAACUAGAGGAACUCUGAAUUGUUGUUUCUCCAUCCUUGGCUGUCCAUUAGAAUCACAUCAGGAACUUUAAAAAAUGUAUUUACUAAUGACUGAUUCACAGGUUUUGAUUCACUGGUCUUUGUAAGACCUAAACAGAAGUUUUGUUUUUCGCUUCCUAAGGGGCUAAUUGUACAUAGAGAACCGAGAACCAAACUCAGGGUUUAUCGGAGUGCUGAGUAGAAAGGCUCGCGGCAGGCUUGCCCACUUGCGUUGGCCUGUUUUCUCUGUAAUGGCAGACCUCCCUCAUGCUGUACUUGAAGAGCACACACAGUGGUCUCUGAAAAUCAUGAGACCUGCUCAGUUCUUAAAAUGAAUCAGAUGUGUGAGCUGCUGUGGUCUCGCGGUUAGGAGUGCAGACUGUGGGGUGCUCCUGGGGCUGUUUGCACGUCUGUUACUGACUUACGUGACCUUCAUAGAGUCGCUUGCCUCAUCUUGGAGUUAACACCUGCUGCAACCUCACAGAAAGACCAACAAGUUGUCUCAUAAGAAAAUCUUUGUAGAAAGUUGUAAAUCACUGACUUGUGUUUGGAUCCCCCCACAAGGGGGCCACACAGGCUCAAGGGCUGGGGUGUCUGAAUGUGAGACUCAGCUCCCAUCUCUGGGCAUCUGCUUUCCUGUCAGGUCAACAAAACGGAAGAAAAGUGUAAAGUGGUCCCGCAGCACAUGGCCUAGCCUGUGCUGUCUUAGAGUAAGAGGAGGCUCUGCAGCAUGCUGACUCUCUGAACGUUUAGCUCAACUGAUUAUUGUUUUAUUGUGGGUAAGAAAUCAGAUCCAUAGGCUAGACGAAUGUUCGUAGCUGCCUCUUAGAGUUGGACUUUUUGCCUUCUGUCCAAGAAACCAUGGGGUAAAGAAAGUUCAUUUUAAAUAGGAAAUUUGAAAUUCUAAUUAUUUGCAUCCUGAAGAGCCCUUAAAUACACAGGCAGAAAUCCUUUUGAAAAGAUAAACCCUUUUUCUCAUUUCUGAAAAAGACAUUUCACAUAAUAUCUAGGGUAUGUGUGACAUACAUCUCAACUUUCUGACAGCAUCGUGAGCUUUUGUGUUGCAGGCACGGGUUGCCAGUGUUUCAUUUUCUGAGUGUGAGUGUAGGGCAGUAAAGACAGAGACAUUCUGGUUUAGUCCUCUUGUCAUUUAGUUCUUCUGGAAAGAAGGGUAAAUCCUAGCUCAGUAUAUAGAACAGCAAGAUAGCCUGGUACUGGGGCUGGAGAGAUGGCUCAGCAGUUAAGAGCACUGGCUGCCCUUCCAGAGGACCCAGGUUCAAGUCCCAGCACCCACAUGGCAGCUCACAACUAUCUGUGACUCAGUUCCAGGGAAUCUGACACCCUUACACCAAUGCAUAAAGAAUUAAAUACAUGUAAGAUUGAUACUGAAUCCCACUGAGAAAAUUAGGUGGUAUAACCUCAUAAGAUACUAGUUAAACGUCUGUUAGAUUUUCACCUGCACCAUUCU